CCCGCUUGCACCAACAUUGGAAAUACACAACCGCGCGCGGCCUUUGACCGUCAACCUCUUACGCGUCGAAAUGCUUCAGUAGAGCUCACCAGAAAACGAGGAAAUGGAGGAGUCCGAACCCAAGCGUCGGAGGGUUUCUCCACGCCUCAGCAGCCAGCGCGACGGCGACGAUAACGACAAUAACGAGUCGACCACACCCCCCGACCCUCCUCCGCCACGGAGUAGGAUCCCGAGAAGACCGUCUUUCGCGUCCCCGACAAGAGCGAGCCUCUCCCGAACAAACCCCGAUAUCCUGCGACGCAGAAGUAGGAGCCAGAGCCCAGCAAAGGCCACCGGCAGUAGAAACCCGUCCGCACAACCCGCACGCAAUGUUGCCCGAGCGGGGUCAGCCGCACCGCUCGAGGGCCAGGCCGAACGGUUUCUAGAAAAGGGACCUGCGCGCCCGCGAAGCAACAUGUCUGGAUCGACCGCCGUCGAAUCACAGAACUUGGGCUCUCCCGCACGACGAAUGCCAGGAACAGGGCUCAGCGGUGCAAUGGCCUCUAGACCUCGCCGGUCGGGCGGCCUGCCGAAUCCCAGACCACUCCCCGACCCUGGCCCAGAAGACGAAGACUUCAACCCAUUUGCCGGUCGUAUUCUGAACCGGACACCGCCGAGGGGAGUUCUUCCCGCAAGAGCACCGUCGCCCGAACCAGAGCCAGACCAGGAGCCUGAACUCCCACCGACGCCGACGCAAAAGGGACAACCCGACCCUGUGGUCACGACGCCACCUUUGGGCAUUCACGACACUCCCUCGAAACGGAGACGGCGAACCACUUCACCGUCUAAGAGCUCUCCACUGAAGCAACCACCUCUCCGCCCACCCGAGUUCACACAGCCAUCAAAGGACCCGUUGAAGAAGGCCACGCAGCGCCCCCCACGAGCCAAAAGCCCGUCAAAAACGGUGCGGAAGACGCGGUCAAGCAAAGGUCCUUCGGGAACGCACAAAGCUCGUGGAAUCCCAGUGCCGGAUCCCAAUUCUGAGCUUAAGCAGACACGAGACACACUGCAGGCCGAGAUUGCGAAGCUCGAGACGGAUCUGGAGUUCGCCGCUACCGAGAACGACCGUUUGCGCAAGGCGCAGUCCCUGCGGUCUGGUGUGCUUCGUCCUCUAUCCCCAUCCCGCCGUGAGCAACUACUGGACUUGCUGCAACGCCAUCUAGUACCUCCAGAAAAGGAGACAAAGCCGGAUGCGGCGCAGCAGUGGUUCGAUCUGGCGAUGAACCCGACGUACUGGUUGUCGUUUGGGUCUCUGGGGCAGACUCAGCUGCUUUCUUCCCAUGAGAAGGAAGUGGACCUCCCUCCCCCGACGUCGCAUCACCCAAUUGCACUAUCGGCCGUAGAUGAGCUUCCGUACCUACAGGUCUUCACACCAUUUCAGUUCUCAGGGACGACGGCCAUGCUCCCAAAAGAAAAUCCCGAGGAUCCCUUGUUGCGAAGACACCACAUCGUCCUUCGAUCUGUACACCCUGCGGGGCUCUUCAUGGCCAAGAUCGAAAUGACGGUCGACACCGAGAAGCUGCAGAUCAAGGAACUCAGCGUGCCGCGCCUGGAUCCUGCGGCUGUCGCAGAAGUUGGGCCGUUUGUCCAAAAGGUCACUGAAGGAGGAUCCAACACCCACAUGGAUCGGAAUAUCAGCAUUGUUACUUGGGCAAUGGCUGAGUGGUAUCGCAUCGCGGUCGAGCGCGCCAAGAUCUGGCAUACCUUGGACAGCGAGCUCGGCGACAAAGAGAAGCUGAUACAGAACGUGACGAAAAUACGUACGAGGCGGAAGAAGCGCAGGAGAAAGGACGACGAUUCAAACGACCCAGAAGGAGAUGGCGGGGCCACGGAGAAGAACCGUAUCGAAGACUUGCCUCGAGCGUCAUUGUUGUCUCAUCUUGGAAGGACCGCCUACGAGAUUCCCAUCCCGGGUGCUGUCAAGGAAGACACGUCGUGUCUAAGAAUACAGUGGAGGAUCGAUUUCGACUGGACUGGCGAGGCGCAGAGCAAAGUUGGACUGAUGAUAGGCAUGCCCGGGAAAUGGCAUCUGGGCGAUAAGCGCGGGUCACUGGCCGCGGCGUCUAAAGUGUUUGAAAGACUUGUUCAGGGUGACGAAGGGCCGAUGACGGCUGUACGAAUCGUUGUUGCAUUGCUGGCGGGUGAUGCAUUGUCUUGAAGGAUACCACCACGGAGUACUGCGCUGUGUCAGAAGCACCAUGUUUUGGUUCUUUUAACUCUAUCGGGCCGGGCCACGGGUAACUCUGACCCGCAGCAUGGCUGGCCGAUUUAUUUAUUAUGACUGGCGUUGACUCUGAAUUCUAUCAAUGCACUUUCUCUUUUCUCCCACAACUCACAAGUCUAUGCUCCUAUCCCCAACAGACUGCGAAACGAGCUGCGAGACUUUUAGGAUGCAGAGCCUUCAUCGGUUCCGCUGGUACUCUGGCUUCCGUUCGAAUCCUGGCUGCCGCUUCUAACAUACCCAUUCCCCCCGUUCUGCUGCCCGCCAUAUACGCUUGUGCCGGUCUGUCGCUCGGUAGCAACGGGACCACGACCAUAGGAAGUCUCAGACGUGUUGGCGUGCCUUCUCGAAUCGGACAUGCCCGCUCGGGUCGGACCGUAGGGGCCGUCAACCCCUCCUCCGAACCCACUAAUGGGGCGGCCGCUUCCGCUUCUGCUUCCGCCACCGGGAACGGGCCCGUUCAGGUUCUGCCCCUGACGCUGAGCCGUGGUCGUCACGUUCACCCCGCUGCGUAGGGCGGCGGUGCCCGGUGGGCCGUCGAUCCAGGUCGUCCUGCCGCGCCCGUUGGGGUCGGAGGUCGGGGGAGGGUGGCUUCGCCAGCCGGAGCCCAUGGCGGCGGUUGCGUUGGAGCCGUAGGUGUCGCCGUGAGCCUCAGUGUAGGUCCGACCGCGAUC